AGCCGCCGUGUUCCCUGCCAACGCCUCCAGUUGCUCCUGGACCCUGCGCAACCCAGACCCGCGGCGCUACACGCUCUACAUGAAGGUGGCCAAGGCACCCACGCCCUGCAGCGGCCCCGGCCGCGUCCGCACCUACCAGUUCGACUCUUUCCUGGAGUCCACGCGCACGUACUUGGGCGUGGAGAGCUUCGAUGAGGUCCUGCGGCUCUGCGACCCAUCGGCGCCACUUGCCUUCCUGCAAGCCAGCAAGCAGUUCCUGCAGCUGAGGCGCCAGCAGCCGCCCCUGGACUCCACUGCUGGCACCCCACGUAGGCCCCCAGGCCCAGGCGAUGACUUCUCCGUGGAGUACCUAGUCGUGGGCAACCGCAACCCCAGCCGCGCCGCCUGCCAGAUGCUGUGCCGCUGGCUAGAUGCCUGUCUGGCUGGCAGCCGCAGCUCACACCCCUGCGGCAUCAUGCAGACCCCCUGUGCUUGCUUGGGCGGUGAGGCUGCCCACCCCGCCUCUGGCCCCCUGGCCCCCCGUGGGGAUGUCUGCCUGAGGGACGGCGUGGCCGGUGGCCCUGAGAACUGCCUUACCAGCCUAACCCAGGACCGGGACGGGCAUGGCGCUGCAGGCGGCUGGAAGCUGUGGUCCCUAUGGGGCGAGUGCACGAGGGACUGCGGGGGCGGCCUGCAGACUCGGACACGCACCUGCCUGCCGGCGCCAGGCGUGGAGGGCGGCGGCUGCGAGGGGGUGCUGGAGGAGGGCCGCUUGUGCAACCGCAAGGCCUGUGGCUCCGCUGGGCGCACCAACUCUCGGAGCCAGUCCCUGCGGUCCACGGAUGCCCGACGGCGCGAGGAGCUGGGGGACGAGUUGCAGCAGUUUGGGUUCCCGUCCCCCCAGACGGGUGACCCGGCGGCCGAGGAGUGGUCCCCGUGGAGCGUGUGCUCCAGCACCUGCGGCGAGGGCUGGCAGACCCGCACGCGCUUCUGCGUGUCUUCCUCGUACAGCACGCAGUGCAGCGGGCCCCUGCGUGAGCAGCGCCUGUGCAACAACUCCGCCGUGUGUCCAGUGCAUGGCGCUUGGGAUGAGUGGUCGCCCUGGAGCCUCUGCUCCAGCACCUGUGGCCGCGGCUUCCGGGAUCGGACACGCACCUGCAGGCCCCCCCGGUUUGGAGGCAACCCCUGCGAGGGUCCCGAGAAACAAACCAAGUUCUGCAACAUUGCCCUGUGCCCUGGCCGGGCAGUGGACGGAAACUGGAACGAGUGGUCCAGCUGGAGCGCCUGCUCCGCCAGCUGCUCCCAGGGUCGGCAGCAGCGCACACGCGAGUGCAAUGGGCCCUCCUACGGGGGCGCCGAAUGCCAGGGCCACUGGGUGGAGACACGCGACUGCUUCCUGCAGCAGUGCCCAGUGGACGGCAGGUGGCAGGCCUGGGCAUCCUGGGGCAGCUGCAGUGUCACGUGCGGAGGUGGCAGCCAGCGCCGAGAACGGGUCUGCUCUGGGCCUUUCUUCGGGGGAGCAGCCUGCCAGGGUCCACAGGAGGAGUACCGGCAGUGUGGCACGCAGCGCUGUCCCGAGCCCCAUGAGAUCUGCGAUGAGGACAACCUUGGUGCUGUGACCUGGAAGGAGACACCGGCGGGGGAGGUGGCUGCUGUGCGCUGUCCCCGCAACGCCACAGGGCUCAUCUUGCGUCGCUGCGUGCUGGACGAGGAGGGCAUCGCCUACUGGGAGCCCCCCACCUACAUCCGCUGCGUCUCCAUCGACUACAGGAACAUUCAGAUGAUGACCCGGGAGCACUUGGCAAAGGCCCAGCGCGGACUGCCGGGGGAGGGGGUCUCGGAGGUCAUCCAGACGCUGGUCGAGAUCUCCCAGGAUGGCACCAGCUACAGCGGGGACCUGCUGUCCACCAUCGAUGUCCUGAGGAACAUGACCGAGAUCUUCCGGAGGGCCUACUACAGUCCCACCCCGGGGGACGUGCAGAACUUUGUUCAGAUCAUCAGCAACCUGUUGGCCGAGGAGAACCGGGACAAGUGGGAGGAGGCCCAGCUGAUGGGCCCCAAUGCCAGGGAGCUCUUCCGCCUGGUGGAGGACUUUGUGGACGUCAUUGGGUUCCGAAUGAAGGACUUAAGAGAUGCUUACCAGGUGACAGACAACCUCGUGCUCAGUAUCCACAAGCUGCCAGCCAGCAGCGCCGCCGACAUCAGCUUCCCCAUGAAGGGCUGGCGGGCCACAGGCGACUGGGCCAAGGUGCCGGAGGACAGGGUUACCGUGUCCAAGAGUGUCUUCUCCACGGGGCUGGCAGAGGCUGACGACUCAUCCGUGUUCGUGGUCGGCACAGUGCUCUACCGGAACCUGGGAAGCUUCCUGGCUCUGCAGAGGAACACAACCGUCCUGAACUCCAAGGUCAUCUCAGUGACCGUGAAGCCCCCGCCUCGCUCCCUGUUCACGCCCUUGGAGAUCGAGUUUGCGCACAUGUACAAUGGCACCACCAACCAGACCUGUAUCCUGUGGGACGAGGCUGACAUUUCCUCUUACGAGCUUAUGAGCUCCCAGCCCCGCUUUGGGGACAUGCACAGUUCGGGAGAGCACCGGGCCUGGGGUGCCUCUGGGCUGGGGAUAGCCACCCACCAUCCAGACACUACCCACCAUCAUCCGGCCACCAUCCAGACACUACCCACCAUCAUCCAGCCACCCCCCAUCCAGACACUACCCACCAUCAUCCGGCCACCAUCCAGACACUACCCACCAUCAUCCAGCCACCCCCCAUCCAGACACUACCCACCAUCAUCCGGCCACCAUCCAGACACUACCCACCAUCAUCCAGCCACCAUCCAGACACUACCCACCAUCAUCCGGCCACCCACCCGGCCAGCCACACACCAUCCACCUACCCACUCAGAUACUACCCGGCCAGCCACACACCAUCCACCUACCCACUCAGAUACUCGCACCUACCCACCCAGCCAGCCAGCCACCUACACAGCCCUCCGCAGGCACCCCGUCCACCCACCCACCAUCCACCUACCCAGCCAUUCACAGCUGCCCACCCAGUCAUCCACCCACCUACACAGCCCUCCACAGGCACCCCAUCCACCCACCCACCCAGACACCCACAGCUACCCACCCAUCCAGUCACCCACCUACGCAGCCAUCCAUAGGCACCUACUGUCUACCCAUCCACUCUGCAGCCACCAUCGAUCCGCCCACCCAGCCAUCCCCAGGCUGCAGGCCUUUGCCCACACUGUCCCCACAGCAUCGUCCCCUCUGUCCCCCGUUCAGCACCAAGGGGGUGCCAGUCGGACACCCCAUGGGUUUGGAGUGCCUGCCUCAGAAGUGCCUGGAAGCAGGGGUGGUGGGAUGCACCCCACACCGCCUGGCCACCUGGGCCUCUGGGGUGAGGAAGAUGGGGAGGUGCUGGCGGGUGGGGCAGGCGCGGCGGCAGAGAUGGUGUGGCACUGGGUCCGCACCGUCGGGUGCCGAGAGCGGUGCUGGACACCGGCAGCUGGGGCCAGGCUGCUGUUGAUGGUCGGCGCCGGUUCUGAAGAGGUGGCGAGGUGCGGUAAUGUUAUAGUGGGGGCGACCCUGGCGUCCAGGGGCUCUCAGGGUGAUGGUGGUCACCGAGGGAUGGUGGCAGUGAUGAGCGUGCUGUCAGUGCUGCUGGGGCAUGGCAGUGUAAUUGAUGAGAUGGUGUUGGAGUGGGUAUUGCCACUGCUGUUGGCGGCGGUGGUGGUGAGGGCGGUGGCCAUGAGCGCGGCGUUGCAGACGGUGUCGGCGGUGGUGUUGGUGGCAGUGGUGCCUGUCAGCUCCAGGGACCCCGACAGCGCACCGUCCCGUAAUAGCACCUGCUCCGUGGGCUGGCAGGAGGAUCGUGAGGUACUGAAGGCCCUGGUACAGUGGGCGGCUGGGCAGCUCGCGGUGCUUGCUCGGAGCCGCCCUCACCUGGACCAUGGGGACAAGUUUGUGGCCCUGCACCAAAUGCCACUGUGGGCUGGGGCUGCCCUGAGCUAUGGCCACUCCUGGGUUACAGAGGAGCUGCCUAGGACCGACCGGAGUGGCAGCCUCCUUGUGCCUCCCAUGCCCAAGACCGUGGGGAAGGCCCGGGCCCUGCCUCAGCAGAGUGGACCACAGCCCCUUGCCCCCCUACCCUGGGAAGCUAAUCUGACAGGUGUCCAGGAGGCUGAGGGUGGGAGGAUGGAGCUGUGGGUGCUGGGGGCAGCCAGAGCCCCGCAGCUCUACGCACUGUCAGGACCCCCUGGGGGCUCACCGAGCUCUCCGGCAGGGCAGGCCGUGGACCCCAGGUCACCAAGCAGCCCAGCAGGCACCACUGGGCUGGUGGGUGGCCCCUGGGCUGGGGGUGAGUUGCUGCUGCAGCAAGAAGAGUCCCAGCCAGAGCAAGUGGGGCCCUGGAUGCAGAGGAGGCGAGCGCCAGGUGCUGACGAGGGGCAGUGCGGUGCCAAGCACAGCCUCCGAGAGCAGCAGCACUACCUGGAGUCUGCCCUCGCAGAGCAGAGCCCCAUCUCCCCGCUGGCGGCACCCUCAGACCUCGGGGUAGCUGUCCAGCCUAGCCAGCGCGACCCCCACCCACAGGGCAGGGCCAAGGUCCCCAUGAUGGAGGCUCCUGCUUUCCAGCGGGGAGGUGUGGACAGGCGUGGGGCAGUGCCAGCUGCUGGGGGUGCAGAGCUGGGUGCAGAUGGAGCCCGGGGCCUUGCAAGCUGUGUGGGGAGCCCAUGGCAUCUGCUCCCCAAGGUGUGCCAGCGCCCAGGCCUGAGGGACCUGGUGCAGGGGCCUGGGCUCAGCAGCUCUGCAGCGCCUCUGUGUGCUCCUCUGGAAUCGGGCUCACCAGCGAGGACCCGGGGCUUAGCUGUGUCAGCACCAACUGGCUAUCCCAGCGGGGGCGCCUCACCCUUUCUGGGGCCAGGAGUUCCCCUCGAGGUGACGCUGCAAGAGAAAGCCACUCGGGAGAGGAGCCCCAGGGCCAUGGAUGCCACGAUGGAGAAGGCGGCGGUGCCGUCGGUGACGCUCAUCGUGGGCUGUGGCGUGUCCUCCCUCACCCUGCUCAUGCUGGUCAUUAUCUACGUGUCUGUGUGGAGGUACAUCCGCUCGGAGCGGUCCGUCAUCCUCAUCAACUUCUGCUUGUCCAUCAUCUCCUCCAACGCACUCAUCCUCAUCGGGCAGACCCAGACCCGCAACAAGGUGGUGUGCACACUGGUGGCUGCCUUCCUGCACUUCUUCUUCCUGUCCUCCUUCUGCUGGGUGCUCACCGAGGCCUGGCAGUCCUACAUGGCCGUGACGGGCCGCCUCCGAAACCGCCUCAUCCGCAAGCGCUUCCUCUGCCUGGGCUGGGGGCUCCCUGCAUUGGUCGUGGCCAUAUCUGUGGGAUUCACCAAGGCCAAGGGUUACAGCACCGUGAACUACUGCUGGCUCUCCCUGGAGGGGGGACUGCUGUAUGCCUUCGUGGGACCCGCUGCUGCCGUCGUGCUGGUGAACAUGGUGAUCGGGAUCCUGGUGUUCAACAAGCUGGUGUCCAAGGACGGCAUCGCCGACAAGAAGCUGAAGGAGCGGGCAGGGGCCUCCCUGUGGAGCUCCUGCGUGGUGCUGCCCCUGCUGGCGCUGACCUGGAUGUCGGCCGUGCUGGCCGUCACCGACCGCCGCUCCGCGCUCUUCCAGAUCCUCUUCGCGGUCUUUGACUCGCUGGAGGGCUUCGUCAUCGUCAUGGUGCACUGCAUCCUGCGCCGGGAGGUCCAGGAUGCUGUGAAGUGCCGCGUGGUCGACCGCCAGGAGGAGGGCAACGGGGACUCGGGCGGCUCCUUCCAGAACGGCCACGCACAGCUCAUGACUGACUUCGAGAAGGACGUGGAUCUGGCCUGUAGAUCAGGUGAGCGUCUGACAGUGCUGAACAAGGACAUCGCAGCCUGCCGCACGGCCACCAUCACUGGCACACUCAAACGGCCCUCGCUGCCCGAGGAGGAGAAACUGAAGCUGGCCCACGCUAAGGGGCCGCCCUCUAACUUCAAUAGCCUGCCAGCCAACGUGUCCAAGCUGCACCUGCACGGCUCGCCACGCCACCCCACGCGGCAGCUGGCCCCCGCGCCGUGCGCGCCGUCGCCGGAGCCCCCCAGCCACUCGCUGACUCUCAAGAAGGACAAGGCGCCCAAGACCUCCUUUGUUGGCGAUGGGGACAUCUUCAAGAAGCUGGACUCGGAGCUGAGCCGGGCCCAGGAGAAGGCCCUGGACACGAGCUACGUGAUCCUGCCUACAGCCACAGCCACGCUCCGGCCCAAGCCCAAGGCAGAGCCCAAGUUCAGCAUCAACAUCGACCAGAUGCCGCAGACCCGCCUCAUCCACCUCAGCACUGCGCCCGAUUUCCCGCCCCCACCACCACCUCCUCCCCAACAGCCCCUGCCCCCGCCACCCACCCUGGAGCCAGCACCCUCUGGCCUGGCAGAGCCUGGGGAGCCUGCGGCCCAUGCGGGACCCAGCACAGGGGCUGGGACCAAGAACGAGAAUGUCUCCACCUUGUCUGUGAGCUCCCUGGAGCGGCGGAAAUCGCGGUAUGCAGAACUGGACUUUGAGAAAAUCAUGCACACCCGAAAGCGGCACCAGGACAUGUUCCAGGACUUGAACCGGAAACUGCAGCACGCAGCCGAGAAGGACAAGGAGGUGCUGGGCCCAGAGAGCAAGCCAGAGAAGCAGCAGACGCCCAACAAGCGGCCCUGGGAGAGCCUCCGGAAGGCCCACGGGACGCCCGCAUGGGGGAAGAAGGAGCUGGAGCCACUGCAGCCGUCCCCACUGGAGCUGCGCGGCGUGGAGUGGGAGAAGUCGGGCGCCACAAUCCCGCUGGUGGGCCAGGAUAUCAUUGACCUCCAGACUGAGGUCUGAGUGGGCAGGCGGCGGCCACGCAUGGGCCACGGGCAGCUGCUCCGCCCGCUCCUGCCGCAG